AUGAUCCAGCACCAUAAGUGCGAAUUUGGGGAUAUGGUGCAGUUUAAUGAGGUCUGGUCUACUUCCAACCCGUUGGUCAUCGAUUGGCCAUCGGCCCCGUUCGGCUGCUGUGCUGAGCAUUCCAUUUCGGUCUCCAACUGUAUUCUGGUCCGCACAGUGGUCCAUAUGCGCCAUGGGGCCACCUCUCCAGACUCACCGGCUGGCAAUCUCGGUCAGUGUGCUAUGAAGCCGGUAAUUGUGUCUUGCGGGACGGGUCCGUACUCCUUUGGACUCCCAAUGAGAAGGAGACGUGCCGUUUUACACCGCGACUCCAAGGAGUUCGCUCUAUCGUGGCGAGACGCUAGUGACCGCAUUCAAGACUGUGGGGCCCAGUUUAUCCUCUCAGACCAGGGGUACGCAGUCGCGCCCCUCACCCGGCUGCCCCGUUCCGCCAGCGCGGACGCUGGCAUAGUCACCUCCAACCAGCUGGCGGCGCAACUCUUAGCGGUAGAGGGAUCCGUAGGGUCGGCAGUUUCGGCGCUCUUUCACCAUGCUCUGUCCGCGCUUUGUGACAGAACGAACCUACUGGCCUUCGCUCUCCAUACCUCGCUUGCCGCUAGCCUACUCUACCCUUACGCAAUCUACUAG